AUGGGCUGCAAUAUUUCUAACAGGGUCGCUGUCGCACAGCUGUCUUCUGAGGAGCUACAGAACAACCAGGACGCAAAAAGCCAGACUAAAAAUGACAGCAUUGCUGGAACAGAGGCUGUGCCCUCACAGGAUGGGCAGCUUGGCCAACAGGCACUUCAAAGGAUGGAGCCAAAACUUGAAGAUGAGACCAGUGAGGGAGACUCCCCUGAAGAACUACCAGAAAGAUUUACAUCUUCUCAGAAAAGCAGCAAUGCACAAAGCACAGAUGCACCGCUCACCAGUGAGUUCACCGGUAAAUCAUGGCCCUUACAGGAAACAGAAAGGCAAAAAUCAUCAGACGUUCUUGAGGAGCUGAGGAUGCAGGGAAUAAUCAAGAGCCAAAGUACCACUGGCAGCACUGGAGAAGCGUAUGAAAACAAGAGAGAUGCCCUGGAAAAGACACUUUCCAGGGCACCAGCUAGGCUGGAAAAAAUUCAGUUUGGAAACAAGGAAGCAGGUGAUUUUACAGUGAAGGACAUGAAGACUUCUGCUGAAGUGAAAAAACAGGUUAGGGAAGAGGAACUGAACAAAAUGUCACAACACAUCACAUUCUUUCCAGCAACUGCCCACCAAACUAAAGGUAAACAGACUGAAAAGGACUGCCCAAGUUUUUAAAGCCAAGGAGGUACAGACACCCCUCAGCCCUCACCCUUAGAUGGAGAGCCAGGGGUACUGCUAAAGGAAAUAACUGCAGUGGAGGCCACAAACAAUUGUACCGAGGACUCUGUCAUUGAGUCUGAAACUUACAACUGCAUCAAUGAAACAACCUGGAUCUAA